GUGAAAACGUGGAGCUUUGUCAUCACGGCAUUUGGUCAGCACCGUUCUCGAGUCUGACGAGUAUCAUUCAUGGCUUCACUGACCAGCUGGCUAUGGGGAACGUCGCAACUCGACGAUGCCAUCGAGAAGGCGACCUCGGAACUUAUUCCCUCUGGGUCUGAGGACGUGGCCCUGAACCUUGAAAUAUGCGAUCAGAUUCGUUCAAAGUCUGCGCCAGCAAAGGACGCCAUGCGCUCGUUGAAGCGCCGACUCGACCACAAGAACCCCAAUGUCCAGUUGCUUGCUCUUAGCUUGACAGAUACCUGCGUCAAGAACGGCGGCGACCAUUUUCUUGUUGAGAUUGCAUCCAGAGAAUUCGUUGAUAAUCUCGUAUCCAUCCUCAAGGUUCCCGCCGUCAACUACCUCGUCAAAGCCGGUAUCCUCAAAUAUAUUCAGAAUUGGGCACUUGCGUUUGAGGGAAAACCUUCGCUUAGCUAUAUGGGCCAGGUAUAUAAGGCACUUAAGAGCGAGGGUUUUCAAUUUCCUCCCAAAGACCUCGCCCUUGCAAACUCUGCUAUGGUAGACACGACCACUGCGCCAGAGUGGAUCGAUUCUGACCGUUGCUUACGAUGUCGGGCCUACUUCACCUUUACAAACCGGAAACAUCACUGUCGAAAUUGUGGCCAAGUGUUUGACCAACAGUGUUCCGCCAAGACGCUUCCUCUUCCACAUUUCGGUAUAACACAAGCCGUCAGAGUAUGCGACGGAUGCCAUGCAAAACUCACCAAGAAAUCUGAAAGAAUUCACCGGCACUCUGCCAGCGUUCACAGUCCUCGUAGCGCUCGUGACCUCGCCGAUGCUGAACUCCAGCGAGCUAUUCAACUGUCACUGGAAGAAGUUGGCGUCAAUCGACACCAGCGUCCGGGUUAUGUACCUUACCAGCCCCCUUGGAAAGGAUCAUCCGAGCCACCUACGGUUGACCAUAGCACCCGCCCAAAUCGGCCAGCUCCUAUAGAUGACGUAGACGACCCGGAUUUGCGUGCUGCCAUAGAGGCCAGUCUUCGCGAAGAAAACAUGCCGAAACCAAGUGCUCCUGUGGAAGUCCAAGCAGCCGAAGACUCGCCCUCAUCAUACACGAACGCAAGACUAUCCCAGUCCAAUCCACCCACUGCUACACCCACUCCGUCUGUACCAAAAUUACCCAACUAUGAUCUCGAGCCUUUGGAAGCAGACGCCGUCCUCACGUUCAGUCAGACCGUCGAGCAGGUUCAAGUGCAGGGUGAUAAGGAUAUGUCACGAUAUCCUGCCGUGAAUGAAUUAUAUGACAAAGCGAACGCGCUAAGACCCAAGUUAGCAAUAAGCCUCGACGACACUGGGAGGAAAGAACAACUCCUUUCUGAGAUGCACGAUAAGCUCUCGCAAGCUGUUAAACUCUAUGACAAACUUCUCACCGAGCAAAUUUCUCAGCCCUGGCGGCGGGCUACGAUCCCGCAGGCGCAGACGCUGCCGCGAGAUGGACCCCCAGAUACACAAUGGACGCCGACCCCUGUACCUGUGAUGACAUAUACGCCACAAGGACCACAAACGUCUGCUGUUACUCAGGCACCCCAACCUUUCCACACCCCAUUCGCCACCAUUUCGUCACCGGGUCUUCCGUUACAGCAGCACGGUUCACCAAUACAAGCUGGACCUUCGGGUUCAUCGCACGGUUUUCAUCCUCCUGUUUCUUCACCAUUCGUACAGCCUUCGCCGAUGCAAAGUCCACCUGCUACCCAGCCUCCUUCCGUCUCAAUACCACAAUUCGUACCGCCCUCCCAAACGUAUGCCCCUCCGCCGCCACCUCCCACUACGGCGCCUGCUGCCGCGCUGCCUACUUCCAAAACUGAACCUUUGUCACAGCCGCAGUCCUCGCAGCUAUCCUCGCAGGUCCCACAGCCACCACCGUCACCAUCAUCACCCGCACUUGCUAGACGUAACACCGUCUCUGCACCGCGUGCAGUGUCUCCGGUGGGUGGGAGUAUGUCGCGAUUUCCUUCGGUUGCGCACACGCGUACGCAGUCGCAUGCUCAGCCUGCACGACAUCAAUUACAGCCCCAACCUCAACCUCAAACGGUCUUGCGUUCUCAGCCACCGCCUCAAGUGCAAUCACCACAACAGAUGCAAUCACCUACUCUACCACAAUUCCCGGUAGCACCGACGAGUAAUCCCCAGACUUUUAAUAUGUAUGGGCCUUCUGUGCCUGCGGGCCUUCCCGGACAAGAUCGACGGGAGGAGUUGCUGAUUGAUCUAUGAACUUGUUAUUUGGGGCGGAGUGGGGUCUGCGUGCUAUGAUGGAGAUAGUGUAUGUAUGUAGAUACGAGGUGAAGCUUGUACACUUGCAUUAAUGUGACUCAUACGCUUCUCGACGUGCUGGUUUUGGCUAUCGGGCACCUCUGGAUUCAUGGCGAGGGCCAUUGAUGACCUGUUUGAAAUCCACCAUGUACAAUUGUUG